AUGUCAAAUGUAGAAUGGGGAUUUGACACGACUGGUGUCUCAGUCGUACGGGCAUUUUCUGACAGAGUCAAUGGGAAAACCAUUUUAAUCACUGGCCCUAGCCCUGGGGGUAUCGGAGCAAAGAUUGCAACCGAUCUUAGUGAGGGCGCAUCCCCAGCUCAUAUCAUUUUGGCCGGCCGUGACUUAGUCAAAAUACAACCACUUACCGCAGAAUUACACAAGCUCAAUGCUUCCAUCAGAGUUGAUCUUGUUCAGUUAGAUCUUGCAUCUCUUGAAUCUGUCCGCAAGGCUGCUAAAGAGAUUGCAGACAUGACCAACCAGAUUCACUACGUUUUUAACAAUGCUGGUAUCAUGGCGACCAAAGAUUUUACGAAGACGGUGGACAAUAUUGAAGCACAGUUUGCUAUUAACCAUGUCGGCCACUUUCUACUCACGGGUUUGCUCCUGCCGCUCAUAACAAAGGCCUCAACCGCAGCUGCCGUAUCAGGCGACCACAGCCUUCCGGUUCGCAUUAUUAACCUCACAAGCAACGGGUAUAUCUUCCAGGGGGUUCGGUUUGAUGAUUAUAAUUUUCAGGAUGGAAAGGAAUACGGCCCUUGGCUAGGCUAUGGCCAAGCAAAAUCGGCAAACAUAAUAUUCGCUAAGGUUCUAUCGAAAAAGCUCGAAAGCUUCAACGCGACCUCAUUUUCCGCCACCCCUGGUCUGGUUCUUGAAACAAAUCUGCAGAGUACCGUCGACAAUGAUGUUUGGGCUUCUGUAGGGGAAGCGUAUGAUAAAGCAUGGGAGGGUAGAGAUAAGCCACCGUUUGAAGAGCCUAAGCCUCUUGCCUGUGGCGCGUCGACACCUCUUAGGGCUGCACUGGACCCAACGCUCUCCACUACUCCUGGUGAAUAUCUCAUGGACUGCAAGAUCAUGGAUGAAUCGGCUAAGCUGGAUCAUAUCAAGGGUAGUGAGGUUGGGGAGAAGCUAUGGGGGCUGAGCGAGAAGCUUGUUGGCCAAACGUUUUCUGUGAACUAG